UAUGCUCUUAUUUACUUGUUUUGUACUCUGCUACGACGCACAGUCACUACUAUUAUUAUAUGAAUCUAAGCUAUGAAUUUGUUGGCUGGAAAAUUUCUGAUAGACAAAAAUGGCGCAUCAAUUCCUGUGGAAGAAAUUUUGCAAGGGACUAAACUUAUUCUCCUUUACUUUGCAGCGGCUUGGUGUCCAUAUUCUAUAUUGUUCGUUGAAACACUGAGAGCUGUGCACGAAGAAGCAAUGAAGUUUGAGCUGCCUAUCCAGGUAAUUUACGUAUCAGCAGAUAACAACGAAACUGAAAUGUUGCAACACUUCUCAGAGAGCCAUGGUCAUUGGUAUGCUGUGAAGUACGAUGACGACGUAAGACCGCUCUUGCGAAUGAAAUACGGCAUCACAUCAAUUCCAGUCUUACUGGUAGUACGUCCUGAUGGAUAUGUUGUGAGUAAGAAUGGCAGACGGCAAGUGGAAGACUAUGGCGUCAAUGUUUUUCUUAAAUGGAUGUGAAAA